AUGACAGUAACUAAAUUAGAUGUAGACAGUAAAUUAGCAAGAUUUUUUUAUUUUGCUAGUAUUCCUUUUACGGCUAUUGAAACCCCUUUUUGGGAAGAAUUUAUAGAAGCUGUGCAACUUUAUAUUAAAAAUGUUAACCUGUUUUAUAUUAGUCCUAAUCAUCUGGUCAAAUAUUCAAAGAGAGUCAGUUUUAAAUUUCAUUCUUUGCCUCCAAAACUAGUCUUUUAUGAUGCAAAAUAUACUGGAUCUGAAUUACAUAAUGCAGAAUAUAUUUAUAAUGAGUUAAAAGUUAUAAUUGAAGGUGUUGGUCCUUCUAAGUUUGCUGCUAUUAUAACUGAUAAUGCUAGUUCUAUGAGAGCAGCAUGGAAAUUGCUAAAUAAAGAUUACCCUCGAUUAAUUUGUUUAGACUGCAACGCACAUAUUAGUAAUCUUCUAAUUAAUGAUAUACUCAAGCUUAAUUGGCCUGAUACUAUUACUUUGGUUCAACCUGUUGAUACCCAUUGGGGUACUUGUUUAGAUGCAAUUCAAGCAGUUCUUCAAUGCAAGCUAGGAAUUCAAAUGGCAGUUAUACAACCUGAAAUAAGUAAAAAAAUUGCACAUGAUCUUAGAGACCAGAUCUUAAAUGAUUUAUCAUGGAAAGAACUAGAAAAACUAGAUUCUUUCUUGAUACCCUUUGUUAAGCUUAUACAUUUAUUUGAAUCUGAUGAACCAUUACUUUCACAUGCUCAUUCUGAAUGGGAACAAAUUCGAAAAUCUAUUUAUUUGUAUAACUUGAAUGUGGAAUUCAAGUCAAAAGUAGUUGAUUUAAUUAAUAAGCACUUUGACUUUGCAUUUCAUCUUGCAAUAUCAAUUGCAAAUCUUUUAGACCCUAAAGUAAUCCAAAAAUAUAUCACUAAAGCUGAUGAAUUCUCUGGUUUAUUGCUUUGGGCAUCUGUUGAACAUUCAACUCCAAUUAGUUGGUAG